GCGAACUGUAUAAAACGAAGUGGCACAGUGUCAGGAGUGUCAAUUACAUUGUCUAUUUACUAGAAACAACAUUAAACAUGCCCAUCGAUUUGUAUCUUAUGGAGGCGAGUGCACCUUGCCGUGCAGUUUUGAUGACCGCCAAACAACUGGGUAUCGAUCUGAACAAGAAGCCCAUAGAUCUAACGAAACAGGAGCAACUUAAACCCGAAUUUAUAAAGAUGAACCCCCAACAUACCGUACCAACUCUUGACGAUAAUGGCUAUUACGUAUGGGAAAGCCGAGCCAUUCUGACAUAUUUGGCCAACAAAUAUGCUCCAGAUAAUAACAUAUAUCCAAAGGAUCCUCAGAAGAGAGGGGUCGUUGACAGAUUAUUGUACUUUGACUUGGGUGUCUUGUACAAAACUUUAGCGGAUUAUUCUAAACCAUUUCUGUUCAUGGGUAAGGAGAAAGAUCCAGAGAAGGAGAAAGCCUUUGAAAAUUCUUUGAAAUUCCUGGAUGGAUUUUUAGAGAAAUCGACUUAUGUAGCUGGCGAUCAUUUAACAUUAGCCGAUUUAUCGAUUUUGGCUACAAUAACUAUUACUGAGGUAUUCGAUUACGAUUUGAGUGCCCAUCCUCAUCUCCAUGCUUGGUACACCAAACUGAAAAGUCAGUUACCCUAUUUCAAAGAGGUUAACGAACCAGGUUUACGGCAAUUGAAAGAGUACAUCGAAAUGAGAAAGCAAGAACACAAAAAAAUAAAUUCUUAAA